CCUCGCGAGCGCGCGCCUUCUCUGCGGGCCCGUCGUCGGCUUCCCAGGAGCCGGCGCAGCUAGUUUUCGCUCUGAGAGCCCUUUCCCGACAUCCCACACCGAAAGCUGUGGUCUCUCUUCAGCUGCCGGCCGGCGCCUCCACGGCCUUUCCCGGGAGGGUAGCGCGGCGGGCGCCCCGCCCCGCCCUGCCCUGCCGGGCCCACCCGCGGUGUAGAAUGAGCCAAGGAGACUCAAACCCAGCAGCUAUUCCGCAUGCAGCAGAAGAUAUUCAAGGAGAUGACCGAUGGAUGUCUCAGCACAACAGAUUUGUUUUGGACUGUAAAGACAAAGAGCCUGAUGUACUGUUUGUGGGAGACUCCAUGGUGCAGUUAAUGCAGCAAUAUGAGAUAUGGCGAGAGCUUUUUUCCCCACUUCAUGCACUGAAUUUUGGAAUUGGGGGAGAUACAACAAGACAUGUUUUGUGGAGACUAAAGAAUGGAGAACUGGAGAAUAUUAAGCCUAAGGUCAUUGUUGUCUGGGUAGGAACCAAUAACCACGAAAAUACAGCAGAAGAAGUAGCAGGUGGGAUCGAGGCCAUUGUACAACUUAUCAACACAAGGCAGCCACAGGCCAAAAUCAUUGUAUUGGGUUUGUUACCUCGAGGUGAGAAACCCAAUCCUUUGAGGCAAAAGAAUGCCAAGGUGAACCAACUCCUCAAGGUUUCGCUGCCGAAGCUUGCCAACGUGCAGCUCCUGGAUACCGACGGGGGUUUUGUGCACUCGGACGGUGCCAUCUCCUGCCACGACAUGUUUGAUUUUCUGCAUCUGACAGGAGGGGGCUAUGCAAAGAUCUGCAAACCCCUGCACGAACUGAUCAUGCAGUUGUUGGAGGAAACACCUGAGGAGAAACAAACCACCAUUGCCUGACUGGCUCCCAUCAGUGUUAAUAGCAUCUCAGCUUCCUCAGAUCAGUUCUAUCACUGGCACUACAGAAUCCUUCUCUUUCUUAAGGCACUUUGCAUUGUAGAAUGUUCCUGGAUGUUCAUAUCUAGUGUUUGAAGGGGAGGAGGGAUUUAAACUGGUCCUGUACAUAGAAGGUUUGUUUGACAGGGGAGAAAAAUUAGCCAAGGAAGAUUGUUGUUUAAAUUCAUUUGAAACCGGAAGGGGACUUUUUAGUUGUAUGUGUAACACAUUCAUUGAAUUAUCACUGUUUUCUUAGGACAACAUCAAGCCUAAAUAACUGAACAAUAUGAAGAUUCUUUUCUUGGCCUUUCUGUGGAUUAUGUCAUGUAUAAUAAUUAUCAGAAUCAUCCUACUUGGCUUUAAAACGUGUUUUCUCCAAUUUUUUAAGGUUCAUAAUUUAGCCUUUUGUUUUUAUGUUGCUUAGAUUUUUAUGUAUACUGAAUAUUUUCUUAACAUGUAGCAUCAGGUUGAACAUGCUUGUCAUUCAUAUAUGGAAGAUGCUAUAGUUAGAAGUGAAUUUGUUCUGCUUUCUUAAUCUUUUCCAUGCUUAGCAGUGAAAAACAGGUUUUGCCCCAGUAGAGGGACUCUUUGGAGGGUAUUAUUUUUAUGCUGCUGAAUAUCAUGUCUAUAAUAGACCCGUGCAUGCAGCCCUUCCUCCUUAUUCCCCUUCAUGUCCCCCUUUCCCCUUCAUUAACCCCCGUCUUUUUUUUUUGUUUUGUUUUGUUUUUUUGGUCCUUGUUGACAUUACAAGCUUUUAACAUAUUUUUGACCUAGGAGCCCUGUUGCUGGAAGUGUAGUUUCCAGCCAGUUAAUCUCAUGAUAGUACUGCUGUAAAACUCAUUCUUGUGUGGUGUUCUGUGCUAUAGAGUCUGUGUAUUGCUAUUCAUAUUCAGAGUUCGGGUUUUGUUUUUCCCUUAAAACCUGUUAACAGUUUUUUUGGGGGGGGUGGGGGGAAUCAGAACUCUUGUUUCCCAUUCCAUAGCACCUGAUGUUAUUUCAAGUUUUAUAAUAUCUUAAGAUGUAUAUUUUAUUUUUUUUAUUGGCUUAGUUGUUUUUUGUUUUGUUUUGUUUGAGAUGGAGUUUCACUCUUGCCCAGGCUGGGGUGCAAUGGUGUGAUCUUGGCUCACUGCAGCCUCCACCUCCCGGGUUCAAAUGAUUCUCCUGCCUCAGCUUCCUGAGUAGCUGGGAUUACAGGUGCAUGCCACCAUGCCCGGCUAAUUUUUAUAUUUUUAUUAGAGACGGGAUUUCGCCAUGUUGGCCAGGCUGGUCUAGAACUCCUGACCUUAGGUGAUCUGCCCGCCUUGGCCUCCCAAAGUGCUGGGAUUACAGGCAUGAGCCACCGUGCCUGGCCUUAUUGGCUUAGUUUUUAAAUUAUCGUCUAAAAAUUUUGGGCCUUUUUCCGUGGGGAAACAAGUGAAGCUGCUCUUCAGCAUAGACACUACCUUUAUCCCAUGAUUUUAGUAAAAACUAGGUUUGCUUCACUUCUGAGGUGUCUUAUUAAUGUACUUCAUCUGAGAAUUUGUUGAUCUUAAUGUUUGAGCUAUAUAAGAACUGCCAUUUAAAAAAAAGGGGGAUAAUAGAUGGUUUUAUCAGUAUACCUAUGGAAUAUGUACAAACUGGAUCUAUAGAUAUUUUGAACUGGACCAGGUGGGUAUUGAAGUAACCCAUCAAAAUAUGCUCUGCGGUGAUUCUGCUUAAUGUUUAAAUUCAGUAACGUAAUUGAAAGGCAAAUUUCAGUGCUUUUGUAUGUUGGAGGAGGGCUUACUGAUUUGUGCUAAGACCGAUUUCUGAUUGAGGGAUGAACCUUGGGCUCAUUUUUUUCUUGUGAAGUCUCUUUCUAGAAAAUUUUUUUGUUUUGUUCUUUUUUAAAAAUACAUACUUUUUUGAAUGUAUCGUGUCUUCAUUAACAACAGAAAAUCCACAUGGUGUUUACUAAACUUGUUUACGACAUUAAAAAUUUGCUUUUUAUUUUCAGUAGCCCAGGUUGAGUUUUUCACAGGAGAUUUUUUUCUUAGCUGAGGUAUAGUUGUAUAGCAAGAAGAAUUAAGCCAGAUUUUUGUGUGUGGAAAGACAGUUUUCUAUCCAGGUCUUUUUCUGUUUGUCAGAAGGUGGGAGUACGGUCCAAAUAAAUCCAUUAGGUUACUCCUGCAGCAUGCGCUUUUAGCUUCUCUCUUGACUGAGGAUCAAAUAUCCCUUUGUGAGCUGGCCCUCAGCUCCUUUGCUCAUGUAUACAAAUCUCAGAUGUUACUACAUUUUAUAUCUACCAGAGCUAUUCAAGCAAUAGUAUUUGAACCACUAGCCUUUUAAAUAAAAUUCUGCCCCGUUACUGAUGUGCAGAUAUUGAGUUCACUUUCAUUUUUUGCCAGAUUUCUUUGCACUACUUUAGGUAAAAAUAGUUAAUCUAUUUUCUUUGACAUCCUAGUUUGCGUCAGUGACAGAACUUACUGCUUAGUCUGUGUACUUUUAAAAAAAUCUAUAAAUUUAAUGCACUGUCCAAGUGAAAUGUCCUAGUUGUCAUUGUGAUGAAGGGGCCAACAUUCCAGGCAGCUAGCAGAGAUACUAUUCUCUUCCUCUCCCAGCAAAUUUGUAUUCCUUCGCCCAUGCAUUACUGCUAUACUAGAUGGCAGCCAGUGAUGGAACUAUAAAGAUGUCUGUGGUCAUAUCUUGAAUGUGGCAGCUUGAAGAUGUACUGCCAAGGGUGAUCUAGGGCAGGUUGCCUUCCAGUCCGUGUAUUCUCGGUUGCCGUAGACAGUGCUCUGGCUACCACCGUGAGUCUACUUGAACUGUCAAGGGCAUCUGCCUAAACCAGAAUCUUUUGUCAGAAACCUUAAUCCAAGAAAACAAACCUUGAGUAGCUCAUGCCCGGCUCUUAGGAAUUUUGUCUGUUAAAAAAAAAAAAAAAAAAAAAAGUCCAACUUACUUUAUUUUAUUUUUUUAACCUAGUCACUGUUUACAAUUGUAUGCUAAAGCCUGAAAUAUUGUCUGUGCUGUGGUGUAUGAGCAUUGCCAACUUUAUAUUUAUUGCAGUGAAGAAGAAACUAAAAAUAUAUGAAAAUGAGGAGCAUGUCCAAGCUCCUAAAUCUGUGUGGGUGCAUGUGGGAGAACUGAGUUGGGGCCUCUUGAAAGGAGGCUUUUUGGAGAGGGGUCCCCCAGGUUUCUUGGUGUUCCUGCUUGGGGAUCACUGCUGCUAGCUGACUGGACCUCCCCAUUGGAAGUUUGUGAUUUUGCUUUGGCAAAGUUUCAUUGACUAGUAGAACUCAUUCUGUUUUAGUGUAUAUUUCAAUAUAAAUGUAAACAUUUUGCUCAA